CCAGGAAUCCCUCUGCACAUUGCAGCUACAAUUGCCUGUGACUGCCUCGCCGAGCCAUGGCGCUAUCACUCCUUCUACUCAUCCUGCUGGCAGCAGCCGAUGGCUUUCGAAUUUCCAACCUGCUCCAGAAGCAGUCCGAUAAUAUUCUGGUGGUUCAAUGGCCUCCAAACGUCUGUCAGGUUGAAGAAUGGAGCAGCCCUGCUUGUGACCAUAAUUACUGGACCAUCCACGGCUGGUGGCCCCCUAAGUCUGACACAAAGAACGAGGACGAUUUCAGUGUGACUGAAAUAGAGGAUCUCGUAGACAACAUGGAACAAGUUUGGCCACAACUAUCUGGCAAAAACAAUACGAGAUUCUGGAAACAUGAGUGGGAUGAACACGGCAAGCCUGGGGGCUUAACGGUACAUGAGUACUUCACGAAAGCGCUGGACUACUUCGACAAGGUUCUUGGAAACUGCACUGAGCCUUCUAAGGAAAUUAAAAAUUGCUUAAUAGAAAAAGGAGAAGUGAAGGAAUACAGAUUAAUCAAAAGAGCCAGAGAAGGUGAAACAAUGAUUGAAGACUGUACUGUAAAUGAUAACGGCAGUCAAUGUAAAUCAGUCAUGAAGACCAAAGGAAACAGCGAUAUAUCAUUCAGGAGGGGAAGACGAGGCAGGCAUAGAUCACGCAGCAGGAAGAAGUCUAGAUCGGUCCGGAGGGGGAGACGAGGGCGAAGUAGAUCACGCCGCAAGAGCAAGUCUGAGCUUCAUCAUCCCCCCUGGUCCUGCUGUCAUCACUUGAGUCAGUCCCCUUCUGAUAACCUGCACUCUCCUCUCUGUUCACAGAGAUCGGUCCGGAGGGGGAGACGAGGGCGAAGUAGAUCACGCCGCAAAAGCAAGUCUAGAUCAGGCCAGAGGAGCAGACGACGGCGAAAUAGAUCACGCCGCAAGAGCAAGUCUAGAUCAGGCCAGAGGAGCAGACGACGGCGAAAUAGAUCACGCCGCAAGAGCAAGUCUAGAUCACGCCGCAAGAGCAAGUCUAGAUCACGCAGCAGGAGCAAUGAACACAACUCUAGAUCACAUCAGAGCAACAAUCAAAACGAAUAUUAUGUUGUAGAAGCACGACUGGUGCUCCCUGCCAACUUCAUCUAGCUGUCCAGAAAUCAGAGGAAGCAAACCGCACGCACGCUCAAUGGAACAGUGACUGCAAAUGCUCAGCUACAGACUGUGGGAUGGGAGGGA